AUGGUUGAGCCAACAAAUAUCUCGAGCAGGCAGGCUUCUGGCUGGCUCUUCACCCGUCAGGCGGAGCAACUCACUCUUCAGGCGUCAGCAGUCUACCUUAACAACAACACAAGUGCUUGUUCACUUUUGAGCCGCUCGAAAUGGCGUCUCCACACCGAGGCCGGUGAAAAGCAGUCUUCAAGACGAGAGAGAGUAGAAAAUGUUAGUAUUCUCUAG